UUACGUAUGGCAGACUCUUCCACUUCCUCCACUUCUUCCACUUCUCAAAACGCUUCGAAACCAAGGAAACGCUCCCAAUUUCGAGCAAAAAUCAAAGUUCAAAAUAUACAAAUCGUUGUUCGAAACCUCCAUCAAAACAACAUCAAACUCUCCGUGAAGAAUCUGAAGAGAAAACGAAGCAAA